AUGGAGCCCGCCAAGGUUCAAAAAAUUUUCACGCAACUUGUCGGUGCCGUUUCCUACAUCCAUCUGAAGUCCUGUGUGCAUCGCGACCUCAAACUGGAAAACGUUCUUCUGGACAAGCACGGAAACGUCAAGCUGGUGGAUUUCGGCUUUACUCGCGAAUACGAGGGCAAAUCAAACUACCUCCAAACAUGGUGCGGAACUGUCUGCUACAGCGCUCCGGAAAUGCUCAAGGGCGAAAAGUAUGCAGGCGAAAAGGUGGAUGUGUGGAGUCUUGGGGUUAUCGUCUACGCUUUGCUUUGCGGAGAACUGCCAUUCGAUGAGGAUGAUGAGAAUGAGACGAAGAGGAGGAUAUUGAAGGAGGAGCCAAAAUAUCCGGACCAUAUGCCUGAACAAGCAAAGGACCUGAUCAUAAAGCUUCUCUCAAAGCGCCCGCUUCUGCGGCCUUCGCUGCCAGAGAUUCUUCAGCACCCAUGGCUUGCAGAGCACGCGCCUCAGCAGCAGGUGAUCCUGAAGCUGCAGCAGCCGCCUCCUUUCACCACCGAAAUUGAAAAGGAGACUCUCCAGCGUAUGCGUAGUGCUGGAGUGGAUAUCGACAAGGUCAUCGAGAACGUGCUGGCCCAGCGCUGUGACGCCUUGGCAGGAUGGUGGGCUUUGUUGCUGGAGAAGGAGGAACGGAAAGCCAAGAGGCGGGAGCGCAAGAGGAAAGAACGAGAAGCUGAGGCAAAGAGUUUGCGCAGAUUGAGUGCUGCUAGCAGGGCCAGUAGCAGGCUUGAUCGUCUUGCUCCGACAAUCAGGGAGAUCGAUGAAGAGGGCGCUCCGAUCCCGACUCUUGGAGAGCCGCCAAAGAGCAGGGGCCGGAACAGGGAGCGGACGUCCAUCGCGACGUUUGGCAUCGCUCAAGCAUUGGUUCAAGGAGUCGGCGAAACGCGCAAGAUCCAGAUCACCAGACGACACUCGGAGGCCUUCUACUACAGCGACUACAAACACCGCCAGACCGUUGUCCCAGGUCCGACCGGAAUCGCAGAACCGCGCAAGCUACGUAGGAACGCCGCAGCGCCCACGAGUUUCCACCAGAGCAAGCAGUGGGUCGAACAAGAGGGCAUCUCUCUCCCCAGCGCCGAUGACGCCCCGGUCAUCCUACCGACGCAGUUCUGCCGGCCUUCGAGGCCGCAAGCAUCAUCCACAUCUUCAGCGUCCCUAGCUUCGCCAUCCGUCUCGAGCCGAACCGCCCGUAGCCCCCAUCAGUCUGUCAAGGUACUCCCAGCAACUCCGACUGGCACUACGUUUCCUUCCAACAUCCGUCUGGUCCGAGCUACGGCGGCCGAGUCUGCCGCUGCGUUUGGCGGGCUUCCGCCGCCAAGCCCUGGAGUGCUCUUCGCAAAGAGAAAACGAAGCCCCUUCAAAGGCCCCGCGCUCAGUCUGAAUACAGGCGGUAGUCCAAUCGUGAGGGGUCGCGGUGAAGGUGGCAGUAGGACCAGUAGUGUUCAGGGACGGAAGAGCGGCGAACUCGUCAUCGAAGAAGAGAACGAAGACAUCCUGGAGGAGGAGGAAGAAGAAGAUAUAGAAGAAGUGGAGGCAUUUUCGCCAGUCUUGGCACCCGGAGAGUAUUUGGAGGAAUCGCCGCAAGAUCUCAAUCUAUCUGAGGAGCCGCCGCCAGAGACCCCCAAGCUAGCUCCCUAA